GGUGGGGCCUGGCUUAGAGAGCCAGAGAAGAGCUGGGAGGCAGGGACAAGGACCCAGCAUGGCAGAAUCUGGGUCCCUGCCCACCGGCUUUGGGGAGCUGGAGGUGUUGGCUGUGGGGACGGUGCUGCUGGUAGAAGCGCUCACCGGCCUCUGCCUCAAUAGUCUCACCAUCCUCUCUUUCUGCAAGAUGCCAGAGCUGCGGACCCCUACCCACCUGCUGGUGCUGAGCCUGGCUCUGGCAGACUCUGGGAUCAGCCUGAACGCCCUCGUUGCAGCCACAGCCAGCCUCCGCCGAAGCUGGCCCUAUGGCUCCGAUGGCUGCCAGGCUCACGGUUUCCAGGGCUUUGUGACCGCGCUGGCCAGCAUCUGCAGCACCGCGGCCGUCGCCUGGGGGCGCUAUCACCACUACUGCACGCGCAGCCAAUUGGCAUGGAACACGGCCAUCUCCUUGGUGAUCUGUGUGUGGCUGUCUUCUGCCUUCUGGGCAGCACUGCCCCUCCUGGGCUGGGGCCGCUAUGACUAUGAGCCUCUGGGAACGUGUUGCACCCUGGACUACUCCCGGGGGGACAGAAACUUCAUCAGCUUCCUCUUCACCAUGGCCUUUUUCAACUUCUUCCUGCCUCUCUUCAUCACAGUCAUAUCAUAUCAGCUCAUGGAGCAGAAACUCAGGAAGACGGGCCACCUCCAGGUGAACACCACUCUGCCUGCCAGGACGCUGCUGUUCGGCUGGGGCCCCUAUGCCCUCCUGUAUCUCUCUGCAACGAUCGUGGAUGUGAGCUCCAUCUCCCCCAAGCUGCAGAUGGUGCCUGCCCUCAUUGCCAAAACAGUGCCCACGAUUAAUGCCAUCAACUAUGCCCUGGGCAGUGAGAUGGUCCACAAGGGCAUUUGGCAGUGCCUCUCACCCCAGAGAAGCGAGCAGGAUCGAGCCCGGUGAGGUUCUCUGGGGGGCUGCUCAGACCCAGGCCCACUCCAACACCCUGGACUGAGCCCCAUGCUAGGAGGCUGCCCCAGAGUCCUGCCCAGCAGCCUCAGAAGCCAAGCUCCAGACACUCAUUCUUCACACCCCUCCCCACCGCACAGGGAUGGCCCUGUUGGGUGUGGCCCUCAGUCAGACACGGGGGAUUCAGAGAGCACCCAGACAACAUGGGAGGACCUGGGACUUUGGAACCAGACAGACCUGAGUUUCCAUCACAGCCCUCCAAACGGAGGCUGAGAGACCUUGGGAAAGUCACUCCCUCUGAACUGAGCUUCCUGACCAACAACAUAAGGACUCCACUGGGCUGCUGUGAGGUUUAAGCAAGAUAAUGCGUACUCACCAUGCACAGGGAACUUCACUAAAACAGCUGUCAGGGUUCCGAGUCUUACAUAGAAAGGCAUGAAAGCUCCUGGUUUCUUAUGGGAGGGCCACCCAGGCAGUCAGUGUUCCAAUGCCACUUAUUAAAUUGAGAUCUGGU